CUUCACAUAGCUCGUUUGAAGCUAGGCUACAUCAAAACUACCACAGAAUUUGUUGUUGUUGUUGGAAAAAGGAUGUGAAACUACGUUUGGUUUGCUAAUUUAACAUACCAAUACUGACGGCUUGUGAAAACGAAGCCAGUUUUGAUAGACCCUUUCUUCAUUGCCGCUUUGUCCCAAGCUGAAAGGUGAGUAAAAUCAGUGCCAUGCCAUGCGAUGUGUAGGCUGAUGCUUCUUCCGCCCGUUUUGUUUACUUCUCGAGUGAAGUAAAAAUUGACCAAAGGUGGAGAUCGGCCGGCUGCUUCUUUGUAAAAUGCUGCAACAGUAAUAUGAAUGUCAUCAACUUUGCGAUGUAUUCUGCCAUAACGCUUACGUUGAUGUUUUUCUGAAGGCCAUCCUUGUAUGAGUGUCCUGCAGCCAGGUGUCUGCGAGUCCCCGCGCCAGUCUUGCUAACACAAUGGAGCGCGAGAUAAAUUCUAUUUUCCAGCAUGUUGAUGCAAGCCACAGACAAGCCUGCAGUGACGUUGAAAAUGCCAGUGAACUCAUCACAGAAGCAUUGCAGAUGAUUGCUGUUUACCAUAUUGAUACAAGUCAUAAACAAGCCUGGAGUGAGAAGGCCAGUCAAAUCAUCACUGAAACAUUGCAGCGCACAAUACUUCAGCGUGAGAUCCAGAGGAACACGUCUCUGCGUGUGUUAAUCCACCGUCUGGAAGAGAGGGUAACUGAAAAUGGAAGGAGCCAGGUAGCAUCAAGCCAGCAGCUGAGGCUCCAGGCGGAUGAUAUACAGAAACAACUGAGGCUCCAGGUGGAUGAUCUACAGAAACAACUGAGGGACAAAGACAAGUCAUUAACACAAGCCAAACAGAGGAUUGGUUUCUUGGAGAAGCAGCUGUUGAACCUGCAGCAGCGCCACCAGAAUAGUUCCAGGACGAUUCAGGAAGUGACUGAGUGGCUGCAGGAUGGGCAAAGCAAGCCCAAUGUUGUGGAAGAUGGUGGAACAUCAGAAAUGGCUCCAAACGCCAGCUCUGAGAUCAGCCAGCCCCCUCCAGAGUUACCAGCGUCCACAGCCAAGUCACUGAGAUUAUUAAAGCAAGUGGUCGACUGCCUUGCAGUACCAGAUCAGCAAAGAACGGUAGACGGCGAGACUGAAAAUGGUGGAAAAGAGAAACCCAUGACUGGGACAGGGGGAGCAUCGCAUCUGUCUUCAUCUGCUGUGCCCUCCACCAGCAGUCAGAAACCCACUCGGGGCACAGCAGUGACGCCUUUCCGUUGCGAACAAUGUGGGAAAUACUUCAAACGAGUCAAAUUCCUCAAGCGACACAUGGUCAUUCACACCGGAGAAAAGCCGUAUUCAUGCAACCGGUGCGGCAGACGUUUUCCUACGGAAGAGCAUCUCGAAAGCCACAAGCAGCUCAUGCACACGGAAGAAAGGUCAUACCGCUGCACACACUGCGGGAAAUUGUUCGCCAAGCCGCGGAACCUCGAACUGCACCUGCACACUCACACCGGGGAGAAGCCCUACAAAUGCACCCAGUGCGACAAAAGCUUUUCGCAGCCAGGUAACCUCAAAAUGCACCAGUUCACCCACAUGGAGGAGAAGAAGCCGCUGCGGUGCGACGAGUGCGGGAAACGCUUUGUGCACCCGGGGGGUCUCACGCGGCACCAGCUGAUUCACAAGAAGGAGAAGCCUCAUCGGUGUGACCAGUGUGACAUGCGCUUUACCCUGCCGACGCACCUCAAACGCCACAUGCUCGUUCACUCGGAGGAGAAGGGUCACCGCUGCAAAGAGUGUGGCAAGGCGUUUCUGCGGCUGGACUGCCUCCGUCGCCACCUGCAGACGCAGAGUCACACGACGGAGAUGCCUCACCGUUGUACGGAGUGCGGCAAAAGCUUCGCACAGUUGAGGAGUUUGAGGAGUCACCAGAAGAAGUAUCACGCAGAAUUGGACACUGAGGGCGACAGCAAGUGAAGCCUAGCCUGGUCCUGACCAUCCCAUAAUACUAUCAUUUCAUUUCGUAUUCAUGGUCUGGCAUUUGUUUGCUCUGACGCGAUUGUAGGAAGCAGGAAGUUUGCACUCAGUUAUGGUUUGAAAUUAUUGGACACCUCUCACCCAAUCGUUGGCAGUUACUCAACAACAACAUAGCGCAGACCAAUGGCUCUGGCGCAGAUGUGUACGUCAUUGUCACGAGCGUCCUCCCCCUUUCGCCCCCACGUGGGGGGCGUAUUCGCUUAUUGGUUGUUUUCUGGGGGGGCGUUGCGAUCAACAUUCUACUGCUCCAAGCACUCCACAGAGAAGCACGGCCAGACUACAGUAGUGGAGCCAAUCCUUUGGCGGAAGUACGUAGGAUGGCUCGCGAGGCUAAGUGAAGCCAUUUUCCAAGGGCACUUAUCCCACACUGUUCCAGGGGCUGUAACCAAUCAUCAUGAGGGUGGCACCUACUAGUGAUGGGCAGGGUGAGGCUUUGUGAAACUUUGAAACAGUUGAACCAGAGCCAUACAGAGAACAGAGUUACGCGAUUGGAGGACCAGGAAUUAAAUUGCAGCCCCGCCUUUCAACGAGAUAAGGUUGUGCCUAAAGCAGCUGUCUUCCCAUAGACUCAACAUAGAACCACCACAUUAAAAGCCAAAAAUAAGGACUAACGAACUAUACUGCGGGGUAAUCACCACAAAUAUGUAAACUAUCAACUGUCUCGGUGGUGAUAAUCACAACACUUUUAGCACCUGUGAUGUUUAUCUGAAGUUAUUACUACGAACAGCAAGUCUUGUCAUAUUCCCUGCAUUGCAUCGCAUUGCAUUUGCUGUGUGCUACGCCCACUACUAGGAACUAACAUUCGCAACGCUGAGCAGUACUGAGAAGCUAAAACAGCUAAUUUUGCUAAAGAGGAAGUCGGCCCUAGCACACAGCGGAGAUCGCCUGACUCUGUUCUCUGUAUGGCUCUGAGUUGAACCAAUCGCUUCAUGAAGCUCCG